AUGAACAUCAUCAAAAAGAUUAUGGACUCUGGUUCGAAGCCCGAACUCGUUUCGAUACCCGCCGGUCAGUUCUUUUUGCUUAGGCCUGAAAGCUCCCCAAAGUCAACCCUGGAAUGCUUGUACAACGAUGCAACUCUAGCUAUUCGAGAAAGCGGCUCUCACAGAUUUGAGCUGGUGGUACGCAAAGAGGUCGAUGAUACAGAACUUACUUCAGGGGAUGGCGGGGAGGAUUUUGAAGAUGAUGGGUUGAGCGUUCUUUCCGGACAGUCUAAGAAGGAGGAGGAAUGGAGCUUCAACCUAGACAAAAGCUUACAUUUCCGCAAAAGCUGGAGCGAGCAAGGAGAAGUAGCGUUUGUUUGGAGGAACACUAAAGGCGAUGCUGGAGAGAAAUUUCAAUUUGUCGUUAACUCUGAGAUUCCACUCACAGACGUUGGCCAUUUCUUACACACUGUUAAUGUGUGUGAGUACGAGCAUAAGUUCAAGAAGCAACCGAGCACGGCGACUAGAGAGAACCUCAGGCAGUUUGAGUUCUCUCAUAGGCACGACGAAGAAGCUAUAUCCGAUGAAGACGGAGACGAGAAUGACGAGAAUAAUGAGGAUAGUCAACUUGGCUCUAAAAUGGGCUUGUUGGAUCUCGGAAAUAGUUCCAGCGAAAGCGACGAUGGGUUUGAUAGCCAAGAAUUUGAGGAUGCUAAGGAUAACUUCGGCUCUCCGAAACACCCCAAACAAUCCGUCAAAGUUCCAAACCCCCCUAGCGCGAAAACUUUGUUACGGGAACAUGCCGCACUUCUCGUCUACGACCCAACUCAGCAACAAUUUUCUCUCCAAGACCCGGAUUGUGGCGUGUCAAUAUUAGACCACGGAAAGUUCGAAUACUGGUUGCAAAUUAAUGGCAAAGUUCUCGAGUUGGGGGUAGAUUUGACGCCAUUAGUGAACCCCUUUUUCCAAGAGGAGACACUCUGCUUUAUCUUCAACUAUUCCUAUGAAACUAUUACUCUCUCUUAUAUGCUAAAGUUUUCUGACGAAGCAACCUUCUCAGAAUUCCAGCAGCAGUGGUCAAAAAGUCUCUGGGAAGCACUGAACAAACAAAAAUGGUCAGCAAUUAGCGAAAAAGAACAAAGGUGCAUCUCUAAUGCUAACAGAGAUGUUGACAAGGAAUUAAGCUUGUUUUUGCAAGACGACGAUGAUUCCUCUUCGGCCGAUUCUGAAGAAUCCGAUGAAAACGAUGAAGAGGAAGAGGAGGAAGAAGCAGAGCGCGAAAUCCAGAGUGAUGUUGACAGUUUCGAUGAAGACAAAAAAGAAGAAGAAUAUAGAUCUUCCACAACACUGUCGGGAAAUAAGUCAUUGACCGUGUCCUACAAAAACGACAGGUCGUUCGUUGUGCGUGGUGACAAAAUUGGCGUGUUCAAAGUUGACGACGAAAAUAACGAGGUCAACUUUGUUACCGCUAUCAACAAUGUCUCGUCUUUGAAAGGGAGAAAUUUCGAACCAGAGAAUCCUAUGCUAUAUACAGAGGAUCGCGCUAUGAUAGUUCAGGAUAAAGAAAAUCCUUCUUUAGUUUUUAAAAUGGAUUUGGAGCGUGGAAAAGUGGUGGAAGAAUGGUCCGCUGGCGGUAAAGAUGUUUUGAAGUAUUCUCAUUCAAAGAAAUUUGAUCAAUUAACUAACGAACAAACGUUCUUGGGUGUAUCUGGCAAGAGUGUAUUCAGAUUAGAUCCAAGGAUAAGCGGUGCCAACAAGCUGGUGACCGAACAGAACAAGGACUAUGCCACAAACAACAAGUUCAGCUCUUUGGGUACAACGCAGGAGGGAUUCCUCGCAGUAGGUUCCGAAAAGGGUGAAAUACGACUCUUCGAUAAAAUCGGACUGCGCGCCAAGACUUUAAUCCCGGCCCUAGGGGAACCUAUCAAUCACAUUUGUAACUCCGCGGAUGGCAAAUGGUUACUUGCUACUUGUGAUUCAUCCCUUCUUUUGAUUGACUUAACAAUAAAAGAGGGCAAGAAUGCGGGCAGCGUGGGUUUUGUAAAGUCUUUCUCCAAAGAAGAGAUGCCAAACAUUUUCGUGCUCAAGAUACAUCCCAAGACUGCAGCUUACAUGAGGACGUCUGCUAAGCAGCCUAUUAAGUUUACAAAAGCGUAUUUCAAUACAGGGUUGAAUCAAAAAGAACAAACUAUAGUUACUUCAACGGGACCCUUCGCCAUUACGUGGUCUCUGAAAAAGGUUCUCAAAGGGGAGAAAAUGUCUUACCGUAUCAAAAGGUACAAUUCUAUGGUUAUGGAAGAUAAUUUCAGGUAUGGUUCCGAUAAAAAUGUUAUCUUGGCGCUUAAAGACAAUGUGAAAAUGGCGAAGAAAACCGGGUUCAAAGAACCUUCCAAGGAAAUGACACGCCAAAACAACUGGAAUGAAUUCUUAGAGCUAUCUGAGAAAGCUGCCAAAAGGCGUAAUCAAUAG